CAGCCACUUAUUGUCAAUUUAAACUAUCAAGGAUCCCGAUUUUUGUUAUGCUUAUUAACUGUAAUGUUGCUGUAUGGGGCUUUAUGCUUGUCAUUUCAAAUCCUCAGUGGCUUUUAAAAAGGUCAGAGAUUCUGUUGUACAACCAUUAGACAUUUAAGAUUAAGCAACUUCAAUUAAUCCAAUCUACCUGAAAUAGGGCUAAUGCAGUGAAUAAAGAAAUAGGUCUUAAUUUAAUUGGGCAUUAUCUAAACAGUAGUUAGGGAAGAUUAGGCAGAAUGGGGGGGGGAUCCUCAACAUUUAGAGUUUCACAUGAACCCAAGUUUAAACGGCUGUGGAUUUGUGAAGUCUGGAGAUUACCUUAUAAUAGGAUCAGCAGAGCCAAAGUUGUCAGCCUGUUCUCUCUCUUUCCCUCUCUCUCUCUCUCUCUCUCUCUCUCUCUCUCUCUCUCUCUCAGAUACGUCAUUCUUCUUUUUCUUGAAUAAGAAAGUUGAGCUCCCAGCUAUAGUCAUAUGCCUGUCUUCAAGUAAGAAAAAGAUACAGAAACUCCCAUUCGCUGAUUCGCCCAACAAAACUUGCUGGAAUUUCAACACUAAGCUAAUGUUAGUUCUACUUUGACAUUUUAGAAAAUACACGUAUUUGCUUUCUUGCAAAGACUUUGAUGAGGAGAUUGAUGUAACUCUCAUACAGUAUGGUAUGAAGCUAAAGCCAAGAGACGGUUAGCGUUGCUUUGCACAUGCCUGGAAAUGGGGAAACAGCUACCCGGGCUCUGUCUGAAAGUGACAAACUCCACCUACCAGCACCUCUAAAGCUCACUAAUUAACACAUUAUAUCUUUAUUUUAUCUGUACAAAAACCAAGUUACUGCUCCCAGCCAAGAAACAGUCAUGGCAUAUAACCGCUGGGGAAAACAACAAAUACAAACAAUUGUUUUGUGCAGGUUAAACUAACAACAUAAUAAGAUGUGUUAAUUAAUGAGCUAGAGGGGUGCUGAUAGGUGGAUCUUUUUUUUUUAUCUUUGGUUAGAGCCAAGCUAGCUGUUUCCCUCAGUUUCUAGUGUUUGUGCUAAGCUAACCUAACAAGCUGCUGGCUGUAGCUCCAUAUUUACCAGACGGAUAUGAGAUUCAUCAUUCAUUCAUUCAGCCUGUGUGCACGCGACUUUCAAGGCUAACCGGCAGCUGAGCAUUGAGGUUAUGAGACAGAAACGGAAUGCUUAGCUUUUUCCAUAUUUUAACAAUAAAACCGAAUCAAUUCAAACCCAAUGAAAUAAAGCUUAAGAACUUAUUAGCAUGCUCUGUAUGUUGUUAGAGCUCCUCACAUGCAAACACAAGAAAAUAAGAGAGCCUCUUUAAAAAAUGUUUACUGUAUAAAUAAACUUUUGCAUGUGCUCAAGUCACAACUUUUUGCUGUUAAUUGAAACAGUGCUUAGUUUGCACCUUCUCUCCCUCUGACCCCCCUCCCCUCAUACAAACAAAGGAUAAGGUCACCUUUUGUAAUUAGGAAAAGCUAAAUAGUUUUAAGGGUUUUAACUCUUUUGAGUAACAUAAUGUAAUCCCCUUAAGCAGGAUUACCACACUGCUGUCAAUCUUUGUUUGCUGUUAAGUGGUUAUAGCCCAAAAUUGUUAUUGUUUGGGCAUUGUUACCCUCUUUGACUCAACACCGAUAAGAAACUGGUUAAAGAAACUCCUCAUAGUUUCAGUCUGAUUUAUGAAUCAUUUAUUGUAUUGCUUUUUAAUGAGCCUAUAAAAGUGUGUAUGUCUCUUUUAUUCAACGUGUCAGGAGGUGCAUGAUUUGUCCUUUAUGUCAAUAAAACACGUUUGCUCAACUAAAUGAAAUGUCUGUUGGGUUUGGCAACAAUAUCUUGACGCUUUGAUUAAAUAUUAAGUUGUCAUCUUGCAAUCCCUGUCCUGACCAGAAAUCAUGUAAUUAUGAUUUUGUUGUACCUUAAUCUGUGGGCCCUAAUCUUCCUCUUUUUUCACAGACUGACAUGAACAUGACAUCUGGAGGAGUGGAAAGAUGGGUUUAAGAUUUAUGUAAGUAGGUUUAGAGCCAGCACUGACUGAUGCACUUGAGAUGGGGAGGAGUUAUAUGGGAGGGUGUGCGCACUGGUGCCUGUUUGGGCGCACAGCUAUACCCCUAAAUUUAGGGCCAAAUCCAACAGGACGUCCCCUCUCUGACGUGCAGCGUGGGUGCCGCGUGAGGAGGGGGUCUUACAGCAGGCACUACUUUAAAAGCCCCCUCUGAAGAUGCUCAUUAUCCACUGAGCAAGACGGACUUACUGCUGUGCGUCUUGUGCGCAACUUUUCCAAUCGGCUCUGCUUUGAAACUUAUAACUUUACCAGACACAAAGAGCAGCGAUACGUUAUAAAGAAGUUGCGUAAUUUUGACAAUUUUUUUUUACUUUACCGACCAAUGUGGCUUCUUGGAUCAACUUCCCAAGUGAUGAUGAUGAUGGAUGAGCGCCUGUCUCCUUCCGCACGCUCCGUGCAGAACCAGGGGGACAACCCGUCCACGGUCCACAGCAUAGAGGCGAUACUGGGAUUUAAAGAGGACACCAUCUUCCACAAAUCAGCCUGCUACACCAUGACCGAGAAAGUCCUGGUCAAAGAUGCUGAGCGGAAUGUAACCAUGACCCCACUGAAGAAAAGUCAUUCCUCAGAAAGUUUUGACAGUGUGGGUUGUGCCAGCGGCGCAGCUGAAGCCUCGGCCUGCCCGGACUCACCGGACGGAGACGGAAAACUGUCCGAUGAUGAAAACCCCAAGAAGAAACACCGUCGGAACCGUACAACAUUCACCACCUUCCAGCUUCACGAGCUGGAGAGAGCGUUUGAAAAGUCCCAUUACCCGGACGUGUACAGCAGGGAGGAGCUGGCGCUAAAGGUCAACCUGCCGGAGGUCCGAGUGCAGGUGUGGUUUCAAAACCGGCGGGCCAAGUGGCGUCGGCAGGAGAAGCUGGAGGUGAACUCCAUCAAGCUCCAGGACACCUCCUCCUCCUUGCUGUCCUUCAGCUGCUCUCCCAGCAGCUCCCUGGGCUCUGGUCUGCAGCUGGACCCCUGGCUCUCCAACCCCAUCACCACCUCCACCUCCUUGCAGUCCCUCCCGGGCUUCAUCACGGGCUCACAGGGCCUCCCGGGCACUUACACCCCUUCUCCUCCCCCUUCCAUGCCCUCUGCCUUGCCGGCCUCCUUCCUUACCUCCCCGGCCCUGGGACAGAGCCCCCACCUGCCCCACAUGGGCUCCAUGUGCCUUCCGCCCCCGGCCUACCACUGCUCAGCUGAUCCAAGGAACUCCAGUAUAGCCUCACUGAGGAUGAAGGCCAAGGAACACAUUCAGUCUAUUGGGAAGACGUGGUGAUGCUGAGUGGAGGUUCAAAAUGGACAUCGAAACCCAGAAUGCAUCAUGCUGCAUAUUUUGAGAAACUGACUACAUCCUCAUGCUGGCGGGAUUGUUAUUUUGGAAGAGUGGCAUCUUCAGUUGACAUCUAUAGGAUUCGAGACAUCCUAUAAGGGUAACACUUUACUUCUCUCUGUUUAGCAAGUAGUAUUAAUACAUGGUUUAUAACACACUAUAAUAAAGUUGUAAGCAGAUAUAAGUGUUUAUUAAUGUAUUUAUCCUCAUGGGCACCCAUAAGUUGAGGCUGAAGUAUUAACAGAUAAUGAAUGACAAUAUAGUAAAGCACAGUUGUAAUAAUAUAAAAUAGGUCUUCAUAGGAGAAUUAAUGUACAUUAAUAUUAACUUAAAAUAGCCUUAGCUGCUUACAACUACAUGAUAAUGUGUUAUGAACAAUUUAUUAAAUGUUUUUAUACUGCUGAUAAAUGCUAAAUAAGGAGACAUAAUGUAAAGUGGUACCCUUACAGGCAACUAUCUGAACGUCUGUGACACUGACUGUAAAAUUCCUGUAAAAUAUGAAACUAAUGAACACUGAUUAUCUACACUGGUUUUCUUUUGCUUUGUCUUCUCUGCAUGCUGUGUUUACUGUAAAGUUUUACAUUCAUUCAGCCCCAUCUCAUUCGUAUCCAGUGUUAUGCCAAUAUAACAAGUCCAUUAGUACCCAUCAGUAUUUAUUCUACUUUUGUAAAUGGAGCUCUCCUCAUUUGGACUCAUUCCUCCCUGCUGCUUAUUGAUCUUCGUCAUGAAAAGAUUUAACGAAUAUGAAUACUUUCUCUACACAAUAAACUUCAUAUUGUAAAAUUUAUAAACAAAA